UUUCUUUUCCUUCUGAGACUUAAGUCGAAGACGACGUCACCGUCAGCAGCAGCAGUUGGUGCAGCCGCCGCCGCCCGGAUGAUCCUGACGCUGCUGCUCGGCCUCGGGGGGCCCCUGGGCUGGGGGCUGCUGGGGGCCUCGGUGCAGGCCGCAGGGAGCGGGGGCUCGGAUCCGCCCAGCCCUCGGCCACCUGGGGCCUGGACGGCAGAGGCUGAGGACCCCGGCGGGGACCCUGGCAAACGUAACUGGUGCCCUUACCAGGAGUCCAGGCUGGUGACCUUUGUAGCCGCUUGCAAAACAGAGAAAUUCCUCGUCCACUCGCAGCAGCCAUGCCCGCAGGGGGCUCUGGACUGCCAGAGAGUCCGAGUCAUGUAUCGCGUGGCCCACAAGCCGGUGUACCAGGUCAAGCAGAAGGUGCUGGCUUCCGUGGCCUGGAAGUGCUGCCCUGGCUUUGUGGGCCCUGACUGCCAGCACCACGAUCCCAUGGCCACCCCUGAGCCCGAGGACCCAGGUGACGGCCUGCAGGAGCCUUGGGACGGGCCUGUCGCCUUGGAACCUGGCCCGGGGAGGCAGGCCUGGACGCUUGUCUCCGUGUCUCCAGGCCAGCGGGCUGCGGAGCUGAGCCAUGUCCUGGGACGGCAGGGGCGCCUGCUGGAGGACCUCCAGAAUGACCUUCACCAGGUGGCAGACGGACUCCCGGGCCUGUGGAAGGCCCUGGAAAGCAACCUCACAGCUGCCGCGAUGGAGGCGAAUCAGACGGAGCCUGACGUUCCCGGCACAUCCUUGGAGCAGGUGCUGCCGCUGCACCUGGAUGCCUUCCUGCAGGUGCAUUUCAGCCCCACCUGGAGGAGCCUCAACCAGAGCCUGCACAGCCUCUCCCAAGCCCUGAGAAACCUGUCCCUGGACGUGGAGGCCAACCGACAGGCCAUCAGGGGAGUCCGGGAGAGCGCGGUGGCCAGGGCUGACUUCCAGGAGCUCGGUGCCAAAUUUGAGAGCAAGGUCCAGGAGAAUGCGCAGAGGGUGGCGCAGCUGCGGCAGGACGUGGAGGAGCGAAUGCACGCCCAGCAGCUCUCCCUGCAGCAGUCGCUCUCUGAGGUCCAGGCGGAUGUGGACGCCAAGGUCAAGAGGGCCCUCAGGGCCCAGGAGCCCAUGGGGGCAGCGGCCAGGCCCGAGCCCGAGAGCCUGCAGGCCAGGCUGGGCCAGCUGCAGAGGAACGUUUCAGCGCUGCACGCGGCGGCUGGCCGCAGGGACACGGAGCUGCAGGCCACCCUGGCGGACAUGGGGGCCACCCUGGCGCAGCAUGCCGACGAGAUCAAGGAGCUGUACUCCGAGUCCGACGAGACCUUCGAGCAGAUCAGCAGGGUGGAGCGGCGGCUCGGGGAGCUGCAGGUGAACCACACGGCGCUGCGAGAGCUGCGCAUCGCCCUCAUGGAGAAGUCGCUGAUCCUGGAGGAGAACAGGGAGGAGGUGGAGCGGCAGCUGCUGGAGCUCAACCUCACCGUCCAGCAGCUGCAGGGCGGCCACGCCGACCUCGCCAGGUACGCCAAGGACUGCACCUGCCAGGAGCUCCCCACGGGCCUGGACGGCAUCCCCGAUGACCUGGGCGAGCGGCCCCAGCCCGACGGCUCGGAGCUGCGGGCCCUGAGCAGCUCGGUGGCAGCGCUGGCCCGUGCGGUGGCCGCGCAGCAGGAGGAGGGCGAGCGCGCGCGGGCAGACGGAGCGCGGCUGCGGAGCGCACUGCGGGCCCUGGACGGCCAGGCGCGGGCGCUGCAGGAGGCGCAGGCUGAGGCGCGGCAGGAGCUGGGCCGGCUGCGCAGCCACUUCGCGGCCUUGCUGGACGACGCACUGCGCCACGAGGCCGCGCUGGCCGCGCUCCUGGGGGACGACAUGGCCGAGCAGCUGGCCGAGGACCCGGCUGCGCUGCCCCUGCGCUACGAGCACAUCGUGGCUGCCCUGCGCGACGCCGCCGCUGGGCUGCAGGAGCAGGCGCUGGCCUGGGGCGCGCUGGCCGCGCGGGUGGAUGCACUCGAGGCCGUUGGGGCGGCGGGGCUGGCGCGAGAGCUGCAGCGCCUGGACGCCGACCUGGGCCGCGUGGCUGGCUGCUGCGGGCCCGCUGGGAACACCACCCUCCGCGCCACCGUUGACGGCCUGGGCCAGGAGCUGGCUGCCACCGGGCGCGACCUGCAGCGGCACCAGCGCCUCUUCCACGGCCUCUUUGGCAACUUCCAAGGUCUCCUGGCGGCCAACGUCAGCCUGGACCUGGGGCAGCUGCAGGCCAUGCUGAGCCGGAAGGGGAAGAGGCAGAAAGGGCUGGACGGCACCCGCAGGAGGGACAGGAAGCAAGCGGAGCCUGGGGUGGACGAGCCUGCCAGAGGGCUGGUGCUGGGGCAGGCAGGCUCCCCCGCGGCCUUCUACGCCAGCUGCUCAGGAGGCACCGCGGCCCCGCAGACCGUCAAGUUCAACACCACGCAUGUCAACGUGGGCGGCAGCUACUUCCCGGAUCACGGCUACUUCCUGGCCCCCGAGCGCGGCGUCUACCUGUUCGCCGUGAGCGUGGAGUUCGGCCCCGGGCCGGGCAGCGGGCAGCUGGUGUUCGGGGGCCGCCGCCAGACCCCCGUGGGCUCCCCGGAGGACGGCAGGGCGGCUGGCACGGUGACGGCCUUCGCGCUGGCCGAGCUGCAGCGCGGCGAGAGGGUGUGGUUUGAGCUGACCCGGGGGUCGCUGAGGAGCAGGAGCCCCGCGGCCUCGGCCUUCGGGGGGCUCCUGGUGCUCAGGACCUGAAGGCUGCCCGCCCGGGGCACCGCAUGGGGCCUGCUGAGCUGCGGGGCCUGGAGGUGAUGGUGCGGAGAGGAGCCCGAGCGCCUGCCUGGUGGCCCCGGGUGCGGGGAGCAUGGACCCACGCGACGCCCACUCGGGGGGUCCUGCCCGCCCUUGGCUGCUCUCCCGUGGCUGCGACUUCUAAACCCCCUGCCAUCGCCUCCCCCUCAUCUUCCCCAGGAGGAGUACGUUAUACUGGAGGUGACACUGGGGACGACGCCGGGAGCCCGUCCCCCCACCUCGGGGCAGCGGGGCAGCGGGGCAGUGGCCGGCGGUGCCUCUGCUGGGAACGGGCCUGAGGCCUGCUCGAGUUACCAGGGAAGAGAAUCCCCCCGUUCCCCUUAGUUCUGGUCCUUCCCUAGUUUCUCUGUGACCUUCGCUUCCCGUCUUGUCCUCCCUGGUCCAGGGGGUGGAGGCCGCCACCUGCCCAGCAUGACCCGGAGCGAGCACAGCCGUGCCCUGGUGGCCGUCCCGAGCCUCGCGAGCGCCUGUCACCGGGAGGGAGGCCGAGGGGGGAAGUGAAGGUCGCGUGUCCAGAUCUCCCCGUCACGACCCGCCUGGAAUAAAGCACUGCCCUCCGAAUGCCUGCCUGCUGACCUCGCGGAGAGCAAAGGGACCCGGGAAAGGGGGUGCACACGCGGGACACAAUGCAGCUAUUUGGGCCAAAUGCGACUCCCCUAAUUCCGGCUGCUCUUGGUCCAGGGAGCUCCCCGCAGAGGCCUCCCGGGGGCAGUGGCGGGAGCACUGGGAGCUGCACCGGCCCCGUAGCAUCGGGCCCUGCGAGCAGCGAACAGGCUGUAGAAGCUGGCCCUGCCCCAGGGGCGUCCGUGCUCCGGCAGUGGGCGUGGGGCACGGCCCAGUAGACCCUUCUCGGGCUGGCAGCCGCUGCUCAGCUCUCCUCCCGGUUUUCUAAGGCCCAUGGGUUCAAGCACGUGUCCCCGGAAUGGCCCGGCCACGCUUCGUGCGCUGCACUGGCCGGAACACGGGUGCUAAGGGGACGGAGGGCCUGGCUGCCAGCCCCGACCUCGGGAGCUUCCCCGUUGGAGCGAGGUGCCUGGUACCCGUCGGCUGGCUUCAUUGUGGAUUUCAGAGCUUUAUGACGCGCGUCCCAGGUCACGCUGCUUCCUGCCACUCCCCCCGGCCACAGCCUCUGGCCGAGUGCGGCCCUCAGUGGUCAAGGCCAGUCCCAACCUGAGGCGUGACCUGCCGGGGCCAUUCCCGGCCCACGACUGGACCGCUGCUCGCAGGGUGCCCGCCCCCCGAGGGACCCUCUGCGCCGCCUCUGUGCCUCACGCCCAUCACCCCGGGCCAGGCUGGCUGACCACCGGGGAGGCCCCAGCGUGGUGCGCUCUCAGCAUCUAAGAUUUCAUCGGGGGUGUUCUGCCCCCCAGCAGGGCCACUUGACCGCCGAGGGCUCACGGGGCCGGCCCCCUGCAUCCGGGUUACAGGUGCAGGCGCGACUGCUGAAUCGGGCCCGUGGGUUACUCCGGAAGCUUCUGGGACGAGAACUCGAGAGGCAAUGGCUGUGACAUAGGAAGCUUUCUAGUAAACGAGACCUUAACCACCAGGCGAAGUGCACAUUUCCUGUUAAACACAUCUGUAGGGCCGCCCGGGGGGCCAGCGGCGCAGCGCCUGCCUUCAGGCCCGGCCGUGACCCCGGGGCCCGGGAUCGAGUCCCGUGUCUGGCUCCCCGUGUGGAGCCUGCUUCUCCCUCGGCCUGGGUCUCUGCCUCUCUCCCUGUGUCUCAUGAGUAAAUAAAUAAAAUCUUAAAAAAAAAAAAAAAAACCACUUCUGUAAUGAGGACACCAGACUGACAUGAAUUCUAAGGUUCAGUUGACAGGUUCAUAUCUCCACUACGGCAUUCAAUAGCUCUGGGUGCAGAUUCCUUCCCGGGGCUCCCCAGACCCCCCCAGGGUGCAGACUCCUUCCCGGGGAUCCCCAGACCCCCCAGGGUGCAGACUCCUUCCCGGGUCUCCCUAGCCCCCCAGGAUUAGCGCCCUUCCCUGAGGCUGCAGCGCAGGCCCCGGGCUGAGCACGAAGCCCCGCAGCUCAGAUCUGGUGGGGAAGCGUCUUCAAAGGUCAUAUUGACCAACAAGGUGCAGGAAGCGGAUCUGAGGAGUUCUGCGGUUUCUGAAAAACGGGAGGUAGGAAGAUCGGAGAUCGGGAAGCGGCGGAGGGACCGAAGCCCAGACCCUGGGGGACGCGGAGCCAGGGGCG